AGGACCGUGCCAUGUAUUGUAGGUGGGGUCGACAGUGCUGUGGUGGGGUCGAUCAAGGAUCGGGGUGAGACGCAUUUUUGUACCAGAGGGAACUGGCACAAGUGCUUGGGGAAAAAGUUCAGAAAUCAAAGAUGAUCGCUUACAUUUGUGGCCUGAUUCGAAGCUGGAUUGAUGGCAUUAUCAGCCUAAUAUUUGGCCUUUUCUCAAAGAAACCUGCACUUACGCUUCAGGACCCCAAUAUAAAGUAUGCCUUGCGUCUAAUCGACAAAGAGAUCGUCAGCCAUGACACCAGGAAGUUCCGAUUUGCCCUCCCCUCUCCGGACCACGUCCUGGGGCUGCCCAUUGGUCAACACAUUUACCUGUCCGCCAAGGUAGAUGGGAACCUGGUGGUCAGGCCCUACACACCUGUGUCCAGUGACGAUGACAAGGGAUUUGUAGACCUGGUGGUCAAGAUUUAUUACAAAAAUGUUAACCCCAAGUUCCCUGAGGGUGGAAAGAUGUCCCAGUACUUGGAAGGCUUGCGUAUUGGCGAUACCAUCGAUUUCCGCGGACCGAGCGGACUGCUCAUCUAUGAGGGCAAUGGAAAGUUUGCCGUUAAACCGGACAAGAAGUCGGAGCCGGUGAUCAAGACCGCGAAACACGUGGGCAUGAUCGCGGGCGGGACGGGGAUCACUCCCAUGCUGCAGAUCAUUAAGGCAGUGAUGAAGGAUCCCAAGGACCAGACAGUGUGCUAUUUGCUCUUUGCCAACCAGACUGAUAAGGACAUUCUUCUCCGUCCUGAGCUGGAGGAGAUUUUGGCCAAUCACCCGUCCCGCUUCAAGCUGUGGUUUACCGUGGACCGGGCGCCUGCAGAUUGGCCGUACAGCCAAGGAUUCAUCAGCGAGGACAUGGUGCGGGACCACCUCCCGCCCCCGGGGGACCACGCCCUCGUCCUCAUGUGCGGCCCGCCUCCCAUGAUCCAGUUCGCCUGCAACCCCAACCUGGAUAAAGUGGGCCACGCCCCCGACAGGAGGUUCAUCUUCUAACCCCGCCCCCUCCUCGGCAAGCUUUUGUUGUGUCUGGGUGCAGAAGUUUGUAUAUUCCUUAUUAAACAGCGCUUGGCUUUGAUUGGCCCCAAUCUGUUACACGGACCAUCUAGGGCCAAUCGGUGAAGUGGAAAAUCCAUUACCAGUCUUUGAUACUGGAGUCAAGGACUUGGUUGCAAUAAUUUUUUUUGUUGUUGAUCUAAUUAGAAAUGUCUAACACAGAGUGGCCUUUGUGAUCGUCUUAAAGCUUGAGUUUUGAAAUCGUAUGAUUUUGAUCCUCGUGGACCGUCUGUCUUUUCAGUUGAUUUUGUUGAUCUGUUGUGGAUUGUCUGUGUGAAGCGCAUGAUGAGCAGCAGUGGUAUUUGAGCAGCAGUGGCGAUGCCGGCGGCUGAUCGGCUGAUCAGCGCGGACUGUGGAUCGGGAUCAGCAUGCGUGCGUGCCGGCCAGCUGUAAAAGGGGCGGAGCACUGCGCAACCUCGCGUAUCCCCAUUGGCCGUCUCUGUACUGCACGGAGGACGUUCUUUCUGGCCCGCUUGCUGUAGGCACCGAUUAGAUCUCAGACCACUUGCUGACGUAACUCCUUUAGAACUGAAGAGAACCUGCAGAAGAACCGUGCUGAGACCAUCUCCUGAGGUGGUCGGAGUUUGGGGCCUUUCUGAGGGGCCUGAGUUUGGGGCCUUUCAGAGGGGUCUGAGGUUGGGGCCUUUCAGAGGGGUCUGAGUUUGGGUCCUUUCUGAGGGGGUCUGAGUUUGUUUGGCGUGUUCACAUAUACACAAGUUUGGGAGCCUCGUCACUGAGACGCAAAUUAAUUCUGAAAAUGAAAAGUUCACAUUCAAAGAAAGCGGCGGUAAGCUUAACCCUGGUUCUCUCAAAAUAAGUUUUCGUCAAAAUGACAGAGUUACCUUUAACUAUUUUUCGUGGAUCAAUAAACUGACCAAGAUAAACCAGCACACUAAAUCUUUAGGACCAAGUUUGGGAAAUCCAAUCAUGAAGAUAACUGACCGCAAUCCAGCUGCUCCACACUCAUCCUAGCCCCAACUAUUUUUUUUCUGAAUGAUAACUACUCUGAUCCAGAAUCCGUGUAUGGACAGGGCCUAACCACAUGAAGACCGAGAUCCGAGUCACUUAAUUGAAUGAUUAUGCUGGCACGUCCUACACUGAUACACCAGACUCGAGCUUGAGUCCCGUUUUAAGGAUUCUCUAUAACCAAAUGUAUACCGCUUCAUAUUUCAACAUACAGUAUCUGACUAUCCACAAUGCAGCUUUACUUUAUGCAUGGAUUCACUAGACUAAGCCGCUUUUGACACACAAGUUAGGCACAAGCAUGAACGUCAGUCAACAUUAAAACAUGAAUUUAAUGUCACCCAACCUGUACUGCAACACAGCCAUGCAGAUGGUUAGUUACUGUAUAACUUACUUUCUUAGUUGUACAUUUAGUGGUUACUAUGGAGCUACCAUAAUUAUAUGUAUGUGUGUGUGUGUGUGUGUGUGUAUAUAUAUAUAUAUAUAUAUAUAUAUAUAUAUAAUUUGGCUGUGGUGAUGCUAGAGGUUUCAGCUUGGUGACCUUCUAUUCCGAUUGGUCAGCUGCUUAUGACCAGGCGCUCAUCUGCACAGGAAAAUUUUGUCGGGGCUGUUCACCACAUUACUGAUUCGAGAGGCUCGUUUUCUCUCUCAUCUAAUUUGCAUCACGCUUUAAUGAAGAUGUUUGGGGUUUUUUUUCUUUAAAAAUUUUUUUUUUUUUUAGAACAGUGUGGGGAGGCUGCAGUUGUUGUAUUGAUGAUUUUUUUUUUUUCUAUUCUCCUGAUAUAA